GGGAGGUUGGGCGCAUGCGCGUAGCCGAAACGACGGAAAUCCCGCGCUUCGUGCGCGGCUGUUGGGCCGCGUUUAGAACGGGAGUGACCCUCCCCCGCGGGCGGCCCGAGGCCUCCCCUGCGCGUGGGGAGCGCGAGAGCGGGGCUGGCGGCGGCGGAGAGCGAAGGUGCCACAGUAUCUUUUAUCACAAAUCACUGGACUUUGGUUUUUCAUCUCAUCUGAUAGACAGCACCAUGGUGCCGCUUAACCCCCAUGCAGAAGCACAGGUUCAGUACUGAGGCACAUCUUCCUCAACGGGUAGAAAACUUGAUGGGACUGCUGGUGAUGGGAUAUUGACAACUGAUCAUGGCUUUCAGAAAUAUGAACAGAAGACGUCACAUUGGACUUCAGCAGCUUUCAUCUUUAGCAUCAAUAGGAAGAACACUUUUAGGGCCAGUAAAAUCAUAUAAAUUUACUGUAGAUGAAAGCACCAGUGAGAGUGUUUUGACUUGUUCUGCAGUUAGACUUCUUGAAAGUUUGGAUUUAACUAGUGCAGUGGGACAGCUUCUUAAUGAAACAAUUCAGGCACAGAACAAAGAAUAUAAAACUGGAAUGACUACCCUGUUGUUUCUUGUUGGUGCAUGGAGCAGUGCUGUACUUGAAUGCCUUCAGCAGAAUGUUCCUUUUUCACUAAUAGUAUCUGUGAUGUCUGAAGGAUUGAACUCUUGCAGUGAAAAAGUCCAAUGUCUUCAGCUAUCAGUACAUGAUUUAUAUAAAGGGCCUAAUUCUGUUCCCAUUCACUUCCCUUCUAGCAGUCUGGGGCCCCAAAUUAUUGAAACUAAAACUCCUGGUAUUGGAGCUGACCGUUUUUUAAAUCCUCUUCUGCAUAUUAUUAAAGAGGUUCCUGUAUCUAAAGAAGAAAGUGUUCCUGAAGGCCUUCAUUCUCAUCAAGCAAGCCCUAGCGAUCCUCAUAACAGAUGUUUGAAUUCACACCUAUGCCCUACAGACUAUAUAACAGCCUCAUUGGUUGAAACAGUGGGCAAUAAAACUAUGCCUACAGUUCCUGGAAGCAGUUUGAUUGAAUCCAGCUAUAUCAAAAGAACAAGAUUAACGCAUAGUAGAUACUUUAACACUCCAGGAAAAAAACAUUGUUCACUCCAAGUAGACAAUUUUGGGGGUCCUCCCACUGGGCCUGCAGCAUGGCCUUAUGAAUUUAAUGAUUUUGGACAGUUGGCAAUGGCUCUUAGCCAUGGGAAUCAGUCUAGCAUGAAAUUGGUACAGGAUAUUGUCAGAUGCCAACAAGAAGUAGCUGAUCACACAGGUUCUUCUCAAUUUAAUAUUGCAGAAGUUGUGACAUGCUGUUUACCAGGAUUGUCUGAACAUUAUUCUUGUGUGUGUCCAGGGUAUAUCACUUUAGUAUCACCAGAGAAAGCCACUGUUACCAAUCAACUUCAGGAUAGACCGCUUCAGAUUCUUCUUGUAGAUGGUGAUCUAACAGAACAGUAUCGUCACUUGGGAUUUAAUAGACCAUCAAAUGUCAGAACAAUAUCGGAAAAUGUAGGUUUACAAGAAAGUAGCUCAGAAAGUUUAUGGAUAAAUUGUGUGUUAGAUGUUUUAAUACAAGCAAAAGUAAAUUUAGUUUUGGUAAAAGGAAAUGUGUGUGAAAGUUUAAUGGAAAGAUGCAUCCUGAAUAACAUAUUGAUAAUCAAUCCAGUAACUCUCAAUGUGCUACAUGCUUUUGGGAAGGGCACAGGAGUGCAGCUGGUGACAUACCUUUCCCAGGUAAAUAGUUAUUGCGUGGGUAGCAGUGUCUGGGUGGAUUUCUGGAGAACUGGUGACUUGAGCACAAUGGAAUUGGAUAACAAAGUGCCAAUCAGUAUAAAGGCUGAAGGAAUUCAUCUGGUAACAGCUGUGCUUAGUAGCACAGUAACUUCAAAGAUGCAAAUCACUGAAGAUCAGUUCUGGACUUGUGCUUAUCGCCUGCAUCAUGCUCUAACUGACCAGAAAGUUUUUCCUGGAGGUGGUGCUGUUGAACUGUUGUGCCUCAGUCAUCUUAAGAAGCUUGAAGAACAAUCUUUAAAGCAACCAGAUAAAAAACCUUCAGGGGAUUUUUACAUGUCGUCUUGUUGGCUGACAAAAUCAUUGACACAGUAUAGACCAGUUGUACUUAAAGCUCUGGCAAGUGGUUGGCAUCAGUACCUUUCAAGAGUCAUGUGUAACACUGCUCAUUAUGCAUCAGAGUUUGAAGCAAGCGCUUCCAUUGAGCAUCAUCUCAAAAAAGCAGCAGACUAUGGUUCUCCUUCAGCAUAUAUUCUGAAAGAGUUCAAUAAAGGAGAUAAGCUCAUGGUGGAUUUUGGUCUUUCAACUAAACCCGAGGAGGCUGUAAAGAUAUAUGACAAUGUUACACCCAAGGUGGAGGCAUGGCGUAGAGCUCUAGACUUGGUGCUAUUAGUGCUUCAAACAGAUGCUGAAAUUAUCACAGGUCCUAAAAGAAAUCAGUUAUUAAAUUCACAUGUAUCCAGUGAGUUCAUAUUUUUAUAGGACUUGAUAGGCUUUAUUUAGGACUCUGACUCAGUGGGUGGAAAAUUUGCAGGUACACGGUGUUUGUACAGCUAUAAAGCAAACUUUUUAGGGUUAUGCCAAUGAUAUUUACCAAUAAAAUUCAGCACAUGGAUGUAGAGACAAACUAGAUAGUGCUGUAGCUUUUAAUUUCUAGAAAUGGAGUUUGCAUCUGGGUAUCCAUCCAAUCUACACUGUGACAAGGUCAAACUGAUGCAUGAGAGAAGUAUGAAGCUGCUAGGUGGAGAUACUAAUGGAAAUGAGCUCACUGUCUCUAAGCAACAAUCCUGCCUGUUUGUUCCCAUGCUCUCUCUACUAACCCUCCUCCCCACUUCUUAUGCUAUGUUGGAUAGGAAGCAAAAAAUAUAGCUCCAGACUCUUCAGGUGGAGAGAAAAGGUUGAAAUUUGGUCUGGGUUUCGGGCAUGUUUGUGCUUUGCAAAACAAUGGCAGGGGCAGCUGAGGGCUUCAUCCACAGAUUUCCCUUUAGUCAGUUCUUGCCCUUAUUCACCUACUACAGCAGAGUAACACCCUCCUGUCUCAACUGCUGUUUUUGUGGGUGUUCUGUGAGGGGCUUUGCUUUGUCUACCCUCAUUUCUUAUUUCUAGUGGUUUUUUUCACAUAAGAAACUUCAAGUCUUGUCUACUCUGUUCCUAGAAGACUUUAUAUGACUCAAAUACUAGUGAGAUUGACAUCACAAGUAACAAAUGUUUUUUAAUUGCCCAUUUUUUUUGUGACCAUCAUUUCCCCAAAUGCCUGAUGCUGUUGAGAGGGAUGAUUCAACACUUCACCCCUUUAGCUAAGGGUUGAGAAAGCUCCUUCUCUGUUUCUCUGGACGUCUAUGAAGAGCUCAACCAAAAACAGGGAAGAGAAGUCUUUAUGCAAAAAGUACAAUGAGGAAAACCCUACAUCUUGUGCCUUCUGUGUGGAUGAGGAAAUAGGCACUCUUUCUUUGCAGGUCCCAUUCUGAGUGCUUCAGAGACUAGCUAUUGUCAGUUGAGGGGAAAUCUGCUCUUUGUUUGGAAGUCUGAGAAGGUGAGAAGUAUUAAGCAUACUUCACUGAAUAUUAUUCCAAGUAGUGAAUACCCAGGAUCAGCUCCUCAGCUAGCCUGAAUCAGUGUUGUGAUGUUAACUUCAGUAGGUUCAUGCCAGCAGAGGAUCAGGCAACAAACUUGCCACCAACAAGUGCUCAGGUGCCCAUAUAAGACAUUACGCAGCUAUGUUAGAGGGGAAGAGGGAGCUUCCCUAUGCCUCUAGUUAGAGAGGGUGUUGAGAGGUGGUCCUAGAAGAAAUAGCAGUCAUGGUGGUAUCUAUAGACAGAGUAGAUAUGUUAAAAGUGGAAUCACAAAUAUUACUAGUUAAAAUUGAGGUGCACUGGAAAGAACUGACGAAAAAGCUUGAACUAUGCCUGGCUCAAGCCAUUGCCAUUACCUUCCUUUUCCUAAGUGUUAAAAUUCACUUAAAUUUGUAGGAAAAGUAAGAACAUUUGUCUAGUGAGAAGAGAGACUAGCUUUCAUAUUAUAUAAUAUUACCCCCCAAAAGGUUAUAUUUCCAACUUUACUAAACAGAAACCUGCCUAGGGCCUAUAUUAUAGUCUUGGGCAUGACAGUUUACCUCCGUGCCUCAUCUUCUACAUUUUAAAAGGGGAAUGAUAGUAUAAACCAGUGGUGGGCAACCUGCGGCACAGCAAGGUAGUCUGAUUGCGGCCACGAGACAUUUUGCUGACAUUGACUGUCUGCAGGCACUGCACCCCGCAGCUCCCAGUAGCCACGGUUCUCUGUUCCCAGCCAAUGGGAGCUGUGGGAAGCAGCACUUGCAGGUGAAGGGGCCGCAAGGAUAUGCUGUCCACCACUUCCUACAGCUUCCAUUGGCCGGAAACAGACCUGUGGUCACUGGGAGCUGCGAUGUGGUAUGCCUGCGGACGGGCAAAUCAGCAAAAUGUCUCGCAGCCCGCAAUCAGAGUACCCUGAUAGGCAACCUGCAGCCCGCGUGCAGCCCAUCACUGGUAUAGACCUUAUUUAUAAAAUGCUUAGAGUGCUAUGGAUGAAACAUGCUAUCUAAGAGGUAGGUAGGUAUACUUUUGAAUUAAAUUUAAUGUAAUAUAGCAAAAGACAAAUUUAUUUAGAUUUACACAUCCUUUAUAACCCCUUUUCAUUUUUGUACCAGUUACUUUGUGAAAAGUAUAUUACCAAUGAUUCAUAAUCUGUGUAAUAUAAAAAACUAUUUGAAAAUAUUAUCUGUAUUUUGAACCUGUACUGACAGUAUAAUGUAUGUUUUGGUGCACUACAAAAAGCUGCUGUAUUUUUAAUGUUCUUUAAUGCUAAGAGAAGACAGGGAAGUAGGAAUCAUUCAUCCAUUUUAAAUAUGUAUAUAAAAUGAGACUGUGUAUAUGGAUAUGCCUUUCAAUAUAUUGCUAAGUCAAUUUGUACAUACUGCAAAUAGUACUCUAGCCUGCAGUAGAUUAUACUCAUGAGUAGUACUACAUUUGGUAUUGUUUGCAGGAAGAGACCAUAAUUUUGUGUUUAUAAAUAGGGAAUACAUUUCUUACUGUAAGAAAUAUAUAUAACACAGGCUGUCAAAUCUUGGAAAAGGUCUCACUUGAAACACCCCCUUUUGACAAUAUUUUCCCCCUCAAAAUAAAAUUAAAGUCUACCUGGUUUCCUUUGGGUUCUUUUGGUUAUCCCUUUUCAACAAAACAAGGGAUGACUUUUACAGCGAGCAUUCUAUAGUGCUUUCAUUGUGGCAAAAGACCAAAUCUGAGUCUGGAUAAUUUAGUCAAGAGUCAUUUUACCAUCUAGCAGCAUUUAAAUAGUAAGUCAAGCCAAGAUGGAAUUGGUAUUAGUUGUAACAGAAAAGCGUAUAACUGGAGACAAGUUUCUCAAACUAAUACUUUGAGUAAACCUCACGGUGAGUGUCUCAU